AAUCGUCCACCAUUUUUUUAUUGAAGUGAUAAUUUUUCAAUAUUUGAAGUUUAAAACUGUCAUAGUUCGAAAACAGGAGCUAAGAAAUAGGUGCGACACGGACUUUUCUAUCAUUUUCGGAUCUAAUUUGAACGCACGGACACGCAAAAGGGUCCAUUUGCAGCUUAAAUUUGGACAUAGGAUAUUACCAAAAAAUGGCGAGCUCUCCACUAGCAUUUCCUUCUAGACCGCUGCCGCUUUACCCGACGAUCCCGACGGCUUUUAUGCAUCCAUACUUCCCAGCAACGACAACGACGGAAUUUAGCCUGGCACAGACAGCAGUUCGGAAUUUCACCCUGCCUUACACAGUCUCCCUCAACAACAUUUAUUUCAACGCAACGCAGGCACACUUCGCCCACCUCCAACACCUUCAGCAUUGUGCUAGUCACGGGACCGAUCACGAGUCGACGCCUGAACGCUACCGGAAGUCAUCUUUGCCUUGUUCACCGCACUCGCCGGGCUCUGAUUGCAACCAGAGUGCUGUGCUCGACUCCUCAUCCGAUUCGGUCUUCAGUCCGAAAACAGAAAAGUCCGAUGAAAAGAAACCUCGCUUUGACUUUGCGCACCUUGCCGAAGCAGUCUCACGAGAUUUGGAAGAAGCAGACGAGAACAAGUCACAUGAUGCUCAAAUCGUGAGUCACGUGGCCUCCUUCAUCCAGGAAAGAAUAAGACUUAAUACCAUGCUGAGUUCCCUAUCUGUUCCGUACAGUUCUUAUAGCAGAAUUCAACAGUCUGUCCAACUUUCAACCGAUAGUACGAAAACCAGGCGACAUAAACGAGCAAAGAAACAGUUCAUCUGCAAGUACUGUGGGCGACAUUUCACCAAGAGCUACAAUCUGCUAAUUCAUGAACGCACACACACAGACGAACGCCCCUUCCCAUGUGAUAUUUGCGGCAAGGCUUUCCGGCGUCAAGAUCAUCUCAGAGAUCACAGGUUCAUCCACUCGAAGACGAAGCCAUUCACUUGUACCGUUUGUGGUAAAGGUUUCUGUCAGUCACGGACACUACAAGUUCAUAAAGCUACACACGAGAAUCAAAGAAACAGUAUGACACUAUACGAGAGUAAAGGUCGGCCCGAGAACCUGUGAAAUGUAUCUGCCUAUUAAAGAAAAACCAAAGAUCUGUCAGCCCACUACACGUCAUACGAAUUCCUUCUGUCGUGAAAAUCAAUGAUAUACAUGUAGUAUUCUAAAAACGGUUACAGACAUUACAUACUAUGUGGUCAUCAGGAUACUUACUUAAAGAAUAAUAUCAUUUCAUGUUAAAUUUCAUCAGUGAAGUAAGAUUAUUCAUACCCCUUAGAUGUCUGUUUCAAAAUAUUGUGUAAGUUAAGUUUUCAAAUAAACAAUGAAGACAAAAAUACAUAGAUAAUAAUGGAUUUCUUUAAAAGUACAUGUCAGCCAUUCAGUGCAUGGAAAUUCAUAUAAACUUUGCAAAGAUGAUAUUAAUUGAUAACAUAUGGAAUAUAUAGAAUAAUACAUCCAUAGCUGAUGCAGGGUCGUGUAAGGUCAGAUGCAAUCUAAAGCACAGUGAAUCUCAGGUCCGAUUUGAUCAAAGUGUCGUAUUCCACUGAGAUGACAAAAGUUAGUUGUUAACGUUUUAUAUUUGUUGAAUUUUGUUACUAUGUAUGUAUGUUGCAUUUGUUAUGUAUCAGUUAUUCAUUUACUUUUAUAUAAUUAAUAAAUUUGUAAUAUCAUA